AUCGGUGUUUUGGUUCAUUUUCUCGCUAAAAUCUCAUAUCUCUUCGUUUUGAAAAAUAUCUUGCUGGCUGUUGUUGAAGAACCAGAUGAUUUAGAAGAGGUCGUAGUUGUACAACAAAAACUACAAGAGCCAAUAAUUCUACUUACAUGAGCGCGGCGCAUUACAAGAACUAAAAAUACUCAGCAAAAAUGUAGUGGAGCAAGGACAACAACAUACUUCUUUUGCCGAAACCACCGCUCAUGAGUAGAGUGUCUCAGAACCAAAAGUCAAGACGAAAAGUAUGAAGAAACUCCUGCACCAUCCUCUCAGUUCUUCUGAUCAUCGCACCUACUGAGCAAGCACAUAAACGACCAUGGCCGUGCUUGGGUAUAAUCGAGUUUCAUACGAGCCACCUGUGCCGCAGGUCUUUGGGAACGAUGGAGGGGACAUCGAAUUGCCAAAGGUACAAGAAUCGUUCCACCCUCUGCAGGUUCCACACUUCUGGAAAUCCUAAUCCUCUACUCACAACGAUUCUAGCUGCCCAGACUUCUGGAGCCCUGGCCGCUGCGUCGCACGCCAGAAAUCUCUUAAUCUUAAUCUUAACAUCGCUGUGAAUCUCAAUCCAGUACUUUUUUUACCAACAUACACCACGUCAAUGUACAUUUUUUUUGAUUCAACAGUUCGCAUCCGAGCCGUCCUCCUCAUCAUCGCAACUGCCGAGUUCUAGGAUGAAAUUGAAAGACAGGCUAGCGCUUUACGAAGAAGACGACCCAGCCACACAAAAAUGGAUAUGUUGCCUAGGAGCACUCUGUCCACCAUUUUUAUGGACUGUGGGGGCGAUAAUGUACUGACUUAGGCUCUUUCGAUGAUUAAUCAGAUUAAAUGUAUAAAUAAAUAUAUAUUUAAGCACAGUAACUGUAACAGCGACGCCUGCGUACUAGAUGAAACAGAAAAAGCCAGCAUGGUUCAUGAGUCGAUAGAGAAGUUGCGUUGCUCACAAACAUCUUCGUCAGGUAUUUCUGGACCCCCCGAACCAAAACGUUGACUCGCGAAGCCGGUUACAAAAACCUCCUCUUGGCAAUUCUGUCUGCUGCAAUAUUGUUCCUAUUGUGGGCAUUGCAUUAUGUUCUCUCGGGAGCCGAUGCUCAUAUUUCGUAUGACGCAGUACCGAUGAAUGGAAGUCCGAUAAAACCGAUGGCUUCUCCACCUGCUUCAGUAGAAAAGGCGCCUGCUGGGCCAACAGCGGAAGAAGUUCCAUGACCACGAUGAGAUGGGCAGUUGAGGAUGGCGAUGUUAGACAAGUCACACUCACACACACUCUCCUGGUACUUCACCUCUAUCCAGGUUCUGGAUUUCUUUCUACCUUCCCAACUCCCGGCCUUCAUUACGCACUCGACCCAGGAUUAGAUAACCCAAUCUCAAGACGCAAACUUCAAACGCUAAGUACUUGUACAACCACUCUUCUACUUCGAAGAAAUCAUUACAAGAACAAGCUCC